ACAAUUAGACAAGUUAUCAGUUCAUUUUUAUCAACCAUGAAGUGUUUGUUCAUCUGUUCUCUAAUCGUGGCUGUAGUGGCUGAACCACCUCGCUUCCGAGCGAGGUAUAGGUCUCAAAGGCAAGAGUUGGCGCCCACCACAACGGAACCAACAAUGGAAUCGACUACUGGUGGCGGUCCAUACCCACCGUCAGGUUGGAAGCCAUCCGGUGCCGCGUUCACUCUACCAACAGACACUACCCCUACCCCAAUGGACAUCUACGGACCUCCUGAAGCUACCGGGCCGUAUCCGGCUUCAGGAUGGAAGCCUGACGGACAAGCGUUCACCCUGCCACAGGAACAAACUCCACCACCAACGACUUAUGGGGUUCCCGAAAAAACAUAUGGCGUCCCUGAUAACACAUACGGUCCACCCACCACAGAAAAUCCUCAAGCGGAGACUUUAGUAGGGCCUAUAGAAGUGCAGAAAAGUAUUGGGUCGUAUUAUCUUCUCACACCGAAUGGACAGUUUUACAAAGUCGCGUUUGUAACCGAGAAUGAUCUUCAGAAUAUGAAGAAAACAGCGAGACUGCGGUUAAGUGAUCGUGCACCUUUAUUUGCGUUUGGGCCUUAAAGGAUUUCUGUACUCAAUUCUGAUAAACUCGUAGUUUUAUAAAUAGAAAUCACUUCAAUUGUUGUCAUGAGAAUAAACCACCAAUCAU